GAGCUUACUGGCCUAGUAUGGGCAUGGCUUCUUGUAGUUAAGUUUGACAGUGCCGUUUAAUUUGUUGUAGAUCUUCAGCCGAAGAAGAAUAUGCACGUCUUGUUGAAGCUUGGCCUUCUUGGCCUCAUACUUCUUGGGACACAGCAUGCCUCUCGGGCAGCCGUCGUCCCCAGCUCAAACUGUCGAAGGCGGUGCGGCGACGUGGAGAUACCGUACCCAUUCGGCAUCGAUCCCAACAUCCCCAACUGCUCGCUGGCAGACGUCUUCGACCUCAGCUGCGAGGUUAGGGAUGGCGUCUACAAGCCUUUCAAGAGCAUCUUUCAGGUGCUGGACAUCUCCCUCACCCACAGCACCGCCAGGGUGCUCAACUACAUCGAGGCCUUCUGCUACAACGCCUCCACCAGGACCAUGGAGCAUCUCGGCUACCACGAGAGCCAGAACGGAGGGCCUUCCUCCGUCUACCGGCUGUCGGACGUCGAGAACAGGUUCACGGUCAUCGGGUGCAACGCGCUGGGCAUCAUGUCCGACCAGGCCGGCACGGGGUACCAGGGGAUGGGCGUCGCGACGUGCCGGAACCUGUCGGACCUGGUGGACGGGUCCUGCGCCGGCAUGGGGUGCUCCCAGACCAUGAUACCCAAGAGGAUGUACUACUACGACACCGACUUCUCCAGGUCCGUCAACACGAGCCGCAUCUGGGAGUUCAACCGGUGCAGCUACGCGGUGCUCAUGGAGGCGGCGGCCUUCAACUUCAGCACCUCCUACGUCGGCAACACCACCUUCAACGACACGUACCAUGGGCGGGUGCCCAUGGUGGUUGACUGGGCUGUGAGAGAUGCAAGGUCGUGUGAGGACGCACGACGGAAUGCGACCUACGCAUGCCUCAGCAGCAACAGCGUGUGCGUGGAUUCAGUCAAUGAUUACGGCUAUAUGUGCAACUGCUCGCGGGGGUACAAAGGCAAUCCUUAUCUCCCUGGUGGAUGCCAAGAUGUCGAUGAAUGUAGUAACAACAACCCAUGUCCUCCGGGAGGCACUUGCCACAAUACCAUUGGAGGAUACCGGUGUUCUUGUCGAGCAGGAAGAAAACUGGAAGGCAACACAUGCAGCCCUGAUAUCGGCUUAAUACUAGGAGUUACAUUGGGAUUAUUUGGAGCCAUUGUUAUUGCCAUGAUCACAGUAUUUUGGGGACAAAUGAUAAUACAGAAGAGAAAAUUGGAAAAAGUUAAGCGGGAGUAUUUCCGCCAACAUGGAGGGUUGCUUUUAUUUGAUAGGAUGAAAUAUGAGAAAGGUCUUGCUUUCACUAUAUUUUCUGAAGCUGAGCUCAUACAUGCUACCAACAACUUUGACAGCACCAAAAUACUUGGAAAAGGAGGUCAUGGAACGGUCUAUAAAGGGAUACUGAAAAACAACCUCACAGUUGCAAUUAAAAGAUGUGCAUUAGUUGAUGAAAGGCAAAAGAAGGAAUUUGGCCAAGAGUUGCUCAUUUUGUCCCAAAUAAACCACAAGAACAUUGUUAAACUCUUAGGCUGUUGCCUUGAGGUGGAAGUUCCAAUUCUAGUAUAUGAGUUUGUUCUAAACGGUACACUUUUCGAGCAUAUUCACGGCAAGAACCGAACAACGCAAAUCUCCUUUAGCAAUCUCUUGAGGAUUUCUCAUGAAGUAGCGGAAGGGCUCAGCUUCCUACACUCCUACGCAUCUCCCCCUAUUGUUCAUGGUGAUGUAAAAACUUCCAACAUUCUUCUUGAUGACAGUCACACGGCCAAGGUAUCAGACUUUGGAGCCUCGAUACUAGCCCCAUCUGACGAAGAGCAAUUUGUCACAAUACUUCAAGGUACGUGUGGAUACCUUGAUCCAGAAUACCUGCAAACAUGCCAGUUAACAUCUAAAAGCGAUGUGUAUAGCUUUGGAGUGAUCCUUUUGGAGAUCCUCACUGGUCAGUUGCCACUAAAGCUUGAAGGACCCGACACACAAAAGAUCUUAUCGUCGACUUUCCUAUCUGCUAUGAAGGAGAAUAAUCUUGAUGCAGUGUUGGUCAAGCACGUGAAAGAACAAGAGAGCAUGGAGUUGCUGAAAGGACUUGCGGACCUAGCUAAGAAAUGCCUAGAUAUGUGUGGUGACAGCAGGCCCUCAAUGAAAGAGGUCGCUAAUGAGCUUGGUAGAUUGAGAAAGCUUCCAAUGUAUCCGUGGGUACGAGUGGGCGUGGAGACGGAUGGAGAGAGCCUUCUAGGUGGAGAUUCUACAUGUGUUCAAGAAAUAGAAUCUGACUAUUCUAUGGGAGAAAAUGAGAACCAACACAUAAAUCCAGCAAGUUCAUAUUAUGCUAGGUGACAAAGGCAUUUAGAUACUCCAAUAAGCUAUUAGUACUUGCAAUGCGUGCAUAGCUUCUUUAGGUCCAUGUGUUCUUUUUUAACCUUGUUACCAUGUGUAUUUCCCCCCUGACUAGCAUUGUUCUAUGUGUAUUUGAUCUGGUUACACAUAAUUGGUUGGAUUGGAUUUGAACAAAA